GACUCCUAUUCAGAAGAACAUGAUCUUAUCUACUUCUACAUUCUUAAUUACUUCAAAACUUUCGUUAGGUGUGUUUCAUUUGUGGUGGAUCCUUCCUGCCAAUUAUCAUCUAGGACCCCGGCACAUAGAUGGGGUUGGCGUUGGGGUCUUUUUAUCCCUUUGGAUACUUUUCAUUUGCCUUCUAAAAGGUAGAUUUGAUGGUUAUGGUGAAUCUCUGACUGCAGAAAGCUCUGCCUGCAACUACGCCAUGGAAUGAUUCUAUUGCGGAUUUGUACUUCUCAGUUUUAAAGAGAAGACUGGUUUUUGAGCAGCAAAGUGGGGAGGAAAAGGAAACAUAAAAGAUAAUGGAAAUUCAAGAAGGGGAAGAAUCGCAAAGCUCUUUGCCUCCAUCUUUUCUAGUUGUUGCGGUGGCAGUUAAUGGAAGCAAGAAUAGCAAAUAUGCAGUUAGGUGGGCUCUUGAGAAGUUCGUUCCUGAAGGGCGGAUUUUUUUCAGGCUCUUGCAUGUUCGUCCUCCAAUCAAGAUGGUUCCGACACCAAUGGGAAACUAUAUUCCUAUUUCAAAUGUACGAGAAGAUGUUGCCUCUGCAUAUAAAAAGGAAAUAGAGUGGCGAACAAAUUCAAUGCUUCUCCUGUACAAACAAAUGUGUGCUCAACGAAGGGUAGAAGCAGAAUCUGUUGUAAUUGAGUCAGAUGAUGUAGCUGAAGCAAUAUCUGGAGAGAUUGAUAAAUUUUCAAUAAGCAAGCUUGUCAUAGGUGCUUCCCCCCGGAAUCUGUUUAGUAGGAAAAUUGGAAGCCAUAAAAUGUCUUCGAGAAUCUCAUCAUGCAUCCCAAGCUUUUGUACGGUGUAUGUUGUGUCGAAAGGAAAAUUAUUAUCUGUGCGUGCAUCAACGACAGUGGUGGAUGAUUUGACAAGUAAAGAAAACAUUUCAAGUACUUCUCGAAGCUUCUCAAGCCUGUCUUCCAGUGCAAGAUCAGAAUGGUCUGACACAGAUAUAACAACUCCUUCUCUUCAUCAUGUGUCUCUGCCAAUUCAGCGUAACCAAGCUCUUGCAAAUAUAAAUAACAAUUUUGUCAAUAUGAGGGGUAGCCCUUCUGACACCCUUCACACCAGAAGUAUAUCUUUAUGCACUGAUGAUGAUUUCAUUAGCUCCAGUUCCAUCGUGACACAAACACGAUGUGAUAAUAGCAUGGUUUCUAGUUACAGAAGCUUCCAGACAGAAAAUCAGUUGCACUGUCCUGAUCAAGCAUCAACGUCUGAAGUGAGAACUGAUUCUUCAGCCUCCGGACACCAGGUUGAUGUUAGUUUUGAGCUUGAAAGGCUGAGAGUUGAACUUAGGCAUUUCCAGAAGCUUUGUGAGGUUGCUCAGAUUGAAUCAAUUGAUGCUUCUCAGCAAUUACAUGAAUUAACUGCAAGACGGAUGGAGGAAGAGAUUAAACUUAAAGAGAUAGUAUUAAGAGAACACAUGGUCAGGGAAUCGGCAAGACAAGAAAGGGAAAAACGUGAAACAGCAGAAAGAGAGGCAAAAUUUAUUAUGCAAUGUGCUGAGAGGGAAGUGUUGCAUAGAAAAGAUUCGGAGAAUAAUGCUGCUCGUGAAGCCAACGAGAAGGAACGGCUAGAGAAGGCCCUUGCAUGUAAUGACGAACCAUACAAGAAGUACACAUGGGAAGAAAUAGAAUCUGCUACAUCAUCAUUCUCUGAUUCACUUACAAUUGGGAAGGGAGCUAAUGGUAUAGUUUAUAAGGGUAGCUUCCAUCAUACAAUUGCAGCAGUGAAAGUUCUCCACUCCAAUGAGGGUCAUGGAACCAAGCAAUUCAAACAAGAGCUUGAGAUUCUAGGUAAAAUUCAUCAUCCGCAUUUGCUGCUGCUUCUUGGUGCCUGCCCUGAGCGCGGUUGCCUGGUCUAUGAAUACAUGGAAAAUGGAAGCCUAGAUGACAGGUUGCAAUGCAAAGAUAAUACAGCCCCUCUUCCAUGGUUCUACCGAUAUAGAAUAGCUUGGGAAGUUGCCUCAGCUUUAGCUUUCCUUCACAAUUCAAGGCCAGAACCUAUUAUUCAUCGGGAUCUUAAACCAGCAAACAUUUUGCUUGAUCAUAACUUUGUGAGCAAGAUUGGUGAUGUUGGUCUCUCAACAUUGCUUCCUGCAGUGAAUCUUCCGAUGUCUACAAUGAUUAAGGACACCACUCCUGUUGGAACAUUUUUCUACAUAGACCCCGAGUAUCAAAGGACAGGUUUGGUCUCCCCAAAAUCAGAUGUCUAUGCUCUAGGGAUCGUAAUUUUGCAGCUGCUGACGGCAAAACCACCUAUGGGACUGACCCUCAUUGUGGAAAGAGCAUUAGAAGAAGGAAACUUGACAGAGAUUUUGGACCCUGGGGCUGGGGAAUGGCCUUUAGAGGAGACUCAGGAGUUGGCACUUCUUGGUAUAGGCUGUGCUGAACUGAGACGCAGGGACAGACCUGACUUGAAGGAACAAGUUCUUCCUUUGCUAGAGAAAUUGAAAGUGUGUGCAGACAAGGCCCAUGAUUGCGCAUCGCAUACCCCAUCUGCACCUCCUAACCAUUUCAUUUGUCCAAUUCUUCAGGAGGUGAUGAAUGAUCCUUGCGUUGCAUCUGAUGGGUACACGUACGAUCGUAAAGCAAUUGAGAUAUGGGUUGGCAUGAAUGACAAGUCUCCGAUGACAAAUUUACUUUUGCCUAACAAGAACCUUAUACCCAAUUAUUCCCUUCGCUCUGCAAUUAUGGACUGGAAAUCUAGGUCUCAAUGAUCCAACAUGAGAUCCAUCUACUCCUUUUUGUAAAAUUAAGCCGAUUAUCUCAUCUUUCAUUGAAAUGCUUGCAUUUUUGCAUCUUCAAUGAUUUAAGCCUACCUUAGCACAGGACAUGUGACAUCCCAUCUUUUAUGUUGCAUUGGCACGGUCUGUACAGCUGAAAGAAAGUGUCAACAUUGGGGAUACAAUAAUACAGGUUAAAGAAAUGGAAAGGGACAGUGACAUGAACAUUGAGAUAUUUAGUUACAUGGAUUAUUGCAGUGAGAGUUACCUUGUACCGUCCCGUAAGCUACUUGCUUAGGGUCUUAUAGAUUACUGAAAGCAUGGAAAAAUAGUAUGUAUUUGGGACGGAUUUUUGUUGAUAAUAUUGAAGAUACCUUAUGUUUCUGAUAUGUACAGUUAAAGAUAUAUUUUCUAUUGUGGUUAUA